GCGCAUGCGCAGUGUUGGCAGGGCGCAGUAAUGGCGGCGGCGCACGGCGUGGGCACGGACACGGACAUGGCUGGGGCGGGGGAUGGGGCCGGGCCGGGCGCACCGGGCCACGGUGUGGGUGAGGUGCCGCCACCGCUGCCGGGGCUGCAGCUGGUGCAGCAGGGCGCAGAGGCUCGUGUUUACCGGGGCAGCUUUCUGGGCCGGCAGGCCGUGGCCAAGCUCCGCUUCCCCAAGCGCUACCGGCACCCGGCGCUGGAGGAGCGGCUGAGCCGGCGGCGCACGGCGCAGGAGGCGCGAUCCCUGCUGCGCUGCAGGCGGGCAGGGAUCCCCGCUCCCGUGGUUUAUUUCGUGGAUUACGUGUCCAACUGCAUCUAUCUUGAAGAUAUUAUCGGUGCCAUCCCUGUUCAGGAUCACAUCUACAACGUGCAGCGCAGCGGUGGUGAUGCCAGCAGCCUCCUGGGGCUGGCGGAGAAGAUGGGCCAGCUGCUGGCCAGGAUGCACGACGAGGACCUCAUCCACGGGGACCUCACCACGUCCAACGUGUUACUGCGGCCGCCCGUGGAGCAGCUGGACUUGGUGCUGAUUGACUUUGGGCUCAGCUUCAUUUCGGGUCUUCCCGAGGAUAAAGGAGUCGAUCUGUACGUGCUGGAAAAGGCCUUUCUUAGUACCCACCCCGAUACAGAAACUGUGUUUCAGGCUCUGUUACAGAGCUAUGCGGCCGCAUCGAAGAAAUCCGGCCCAGUGAUCAAACGGCUGGACGAGGUGCGGCUCAGGGGGAGGAAGAGGUCCAUGAUCGGGUAACAGCAGGCGGCGAUGGAGAAGUGUUCCCUCUUGGUUCUGUUAUUUAUACACCCAGUUACACUUAUUGCGCAGAUUCAUAUUUUGAUAAUGGCGUCUGGUAUGAAAUAAAUCGGAUCGUGUUUCUAACCGUUGUGAAGUA